CGAGCCGAACUGUGCAAGUUCUAUUUUCGUACGGUGUCGAGGACCGAUACGCGCAUGACCGGCAGCUAUCUGUAUUAUUCUGUGAACUGGGUUCAGUCCGCACGCCGCACCACCAAGCGCGGCCGCGCGCGCCGCGUACCGACAACAAAAUCAUAACAAACGCGACGCAUCGAACGAACGUGACGAAAAAUUCUAGUGUGAUACGUUCAACCAGUGAUACGUUCUUAUUUUGAAUUGUUUAAAAAAAAUCCAGAAUGCGGCGUAACGUCAAAAUCCUGUUCCUAAUAGGAGCUGUGUGGAUGUUUUUCCUAUUUUACUACAUGCAGCCUGAUUCAACACAGUCUAAGGAAGAAAACAUAGCCCUCCGCCUUAUAAAGCAGCACUCAGACAUCGAGGAACCAGAAAGCAGUCCAGCAUCUCCUGAAGAGGUCUUCACAGGGCACACUGGUACCACGGGCCGGGCGUACUUCGACGAGGCUGGUUACGUAGCCGGAGGGUCUAAGGACUCAGACCCUUAUGUGAGGAACAGGUUCAACCAGGCCGCUUCGGAUAACCUGCCCAGUAAUCGACCUGUACCUGAUACGAGGAACGCUAUGUGUCGGCUAAAGAAAUACGAUGAUGACCUGCCACAAACGAGUAUCAUCAUCACAUUCCACAACGAGGCCAGGUCCACACUACUUCGAACCAUCGUCAGCGUUCUAAAUAGAAGUCCAGAGCACCUGAUCAAAGAAAUUAUUCUAGUCGACGACUACAGUGAUAACCCUGACGACGGCGCAGCGCUCCGAGCUAUACGCAAAGUGAAGGUGAUCCGCAACUCCAAGCGCGAGGGUCUGAUGAGAUCCCGAGUGAGGGGCGCUGAUGCUGCAGUGGCACCAGUCCUGACCUUCUUGGACUCUCAUGUGGAAUGCAACACGCACUGGCUUGAACCGCUGCUGCAGAGGGUUAAGGAGGACCCAACACGAGUAGUCUGCCCCGUCAUAGACGUGAUCAGCAUGGACACAUUCCAGUACAUUGGUGCGUCAGCUGACCUGCGAGGAGGCUUUGAUUGGAACCUGGUGUUCAAGUGGGAGUACCUAGCUCACGCCGAGCGCAGUGCGCGCCUCAGUGACCCCACGCAAGUGAUCCGCACGCCAAUGAUAGCUGGGGGUCUAUUCAGUAUGGAUCGCAAGUACUUCAGCAAGCUCGGCAAAUACGACAUGAAAAUGGACGUCUGGGGCGGGGAGAACUUAGAAAUUUCAUUCAGAGUAUGGCAGUGCGGUGGUUCUUUGGAAAUAGUUCCCUGCUCUCGAGUGGGCCACGUGUUUAGGAAACGUCACCCCUACACGUUCCCUGGUGGUUCUGGAGCCGUGUUCGCGAGGAACACAAGAAGGGCUGCUGAAGUCUGGAUGGAUGAUUACAAGGAGCUGUACUAUCGAUCCCAGCCGUUGGCCAAGCAAGUUGAUUUUGGAGACAUAUCAGAACGUGUGGCUCUUCGUCAAAAGCUGCAUUGCAAGCCAUUCCGCUGGUACCUGGAGCAUGUGUACCCUGAACUGCAAGUGCCUGCUCUCACUGAAGCCUCGCAUGUUAUCAAGCAAGGUGUUAGGUGUUUAGAUACCAUGGGACAUCUUGUUGAUGGCACAUUAGGUAUGUACCCGUGCCACUACACGGGAGGCAACCAAGAGUGGCGUUUCGACAACGGAUUGAUCCGUCACCAUCGCCUCUGCGUGUCCCUCUCAUCAGAAGAUCGCGUGACCGCAGUCCUGGCCGCCUGCGAUCCCGCAGACGUUGCCCAGAUCUGGCGACGACAAGGGCUCUUGAUCAGACAUGCCAAGCUCGACGCAUGUCUCGAUACAGAACGGCCGGCCCUAUACAUCGAACAGUGUGAUGAAGAGAAACCAAGCCAGCAGUUCACUUUUUAAGGUGCCUCCUCAAUGCCAGAAAGAAUGCUUGAGAUACAAACUAGCAUGAACUUCUCAUUCAGGAAAAUGCGAUGCUUCCAAAAAAAGACAAGUAAACGCUAUCGAAGAAAUUGAUGUUUCUUCUGCAUUUGAAAUGUCCAGUGUUGUACUUGAUAUUUAAAUGAGAUGUUAAAAGAACUAUUAUUUAUUCCCGGUUUCAAAGACCAUUCUGAUAUUUUAACGUCGAUCAUUUUAUGGUAUUUUCUUUAGUUUCCAUUUAUACUAUCGUAUUCUAUGAAUAAAAAUUUGAAGCCGGGAAUAAAUUAGAAGAAGUACGAACAUUAGUAACAACUAAAAUGCCAUCUACAGAAGGGAUAGGUUUGAAGACAAAGUCCUUUAAUGAAUUAAGGAUAGUGAUCUUAAGAUUAUCAGGGAUAUAGUCACAAAUAAGACUUGUAACACUUCGCUUUACAUCACGUAUUAGCUUUGGUACUUACUUCGGCAGUACCUUUAGUAUUAAGGCACCAUAUUCUUCCUCUCACAAGUAGAAGGUGCCAAAAUAAUUUACCAUUUGUAAAUAUUGUUUUAGGGCUCACGUUUUUAACAUUCCAUUUUGUUGUAUAUUUUAAAGACAAUUUAUCUUUUACUUCACUUUUUACGUUGUUUAUAUUGUAAUAUUUCUCAAUUUUGUUUCAUAAACGUCAGCAUUUUCGUAUUUGUAAAUUGUGUAUCUGUUUAGGUUUCUCAUGUAUAUUCAUUAAUAUUAAUAAUGUUAUAUUCAGUAACUAAUUCUUUAGUAUAAUGUAGUUACCAUUACUAUAGUUAAUUCACUAUAAGUGCCGGGAAUGUGGAAUGUGGAUAUAUUUGUAAAUUUAGGGUAAUUCAGAUCGUUUUGAGUGGUGUUGGAACUUGCACCGUUAGGUAGCAAUUAAUAUCGAUCAAGAAGCCUUUAAAUGAGUCUCAUAAUAAUUAUUGAUUUCUUAAUUUUCGAGAACAAAAAGUGCUCAAUUAUUUUCUAUCAAUAUUUCGUUACUUGAUACAGUUUUUAUGAAAUAACUUUGAUCUAAUAAUUUCUUUCAAUCAGCCACGAAAUUAAUGACUGCAAUUUAUCGUAAUUUUAAUCAUGUAUUUAUAGGGUCUAAGCAAUCUCUUUGUUCUAUGUUUCAUUAAAAAAUCAUUGUGUUAUCAUUUCAUUUUGAACAUCACAAUAUUAUUUAAUAAGAACAUUUGGGUAUGUUCUCGCCUUACAGUACAAGCUACGAUCACAAUUGUUAAUUUAAAUUUUUUAUUGUAAGUUUUCUAUUUUAUGUAAAUUGAUUUUAAGAUGCUCAAUCAAUCAUAAAAAUAUUUAAUAAAAAAUCGUUGCUUUUACAGAUAUUAUUUUCCAAAAUCAUUGAAUAGAGAUUUGAAAAAAUCUUAAAAUUUUAAUGGCCUAAAUAUUUUCACCCAUAAUCUCAUCUGUAAAGUAAGUUAAUUUUUUAAUACUCGUUAUAUUAAGUUAGAUAUUUUAUUUACAUUUGUUAUAGUUAAUUUCUCGAAGAAGUAUUAAUUUAUUGUAAAUACUUACGUACUUUUUGUAUUUUUCUAUCUGUUCUUUUGAUAUUGUAUAACGAUAUCGGUGUAUGGUCAACCAAAGUAUCAAGAAUGAGUGAAUGCUAUGUCGAAUGGUUACCAGCUGUUUAUAAGACUCAUCAUCGAUAGAACAUCAGAAAAACUGCCAUGAUAUUAUAUAAAUGGGCAUUGAUAAACAAUACAGUAUCCACUAAAGGACGAAAGCCACUGUAUUGCAUAUUAACGUCCAUAUAAAUAUGAGUGACUUCCACUUUAAAUAUUCCAAAUACAGUAAUUAUAAUUACAUAAUGUGUGCUCAAUAUUAAUCAAAACUGAAAACAUAAACGAAUUUUGUAGAAAAAAGACAAUAUCAUAGUUACUAUAAAAUUACAAAAAAAGAACUAUAACAUCGUCUAUGUACACAAAUAUACAUAUUUGACGUGUCUACGAACACGUUUAUCAAUCUCGAAUCUUGGUUAGUGUAGUAUUUUGACUCGAAACUUGAUCAAAAACGUAAAUUUCACACUAUCAUUGGUAGCUAUUAAGUUUAAACUGCUUUUCCUCCCGAUAAUUUCCAUCACCUCUACGUGAUAGUAACCUUUGCGUGUGUCUAUCACCAUUGUGUGGAGAAAAAAUAUUUCCUAUGUUUCUCUGAACACUUUUGCUUCAAUAAAUUGUUCAAUAUUUUAAAACUACUUUUAAGAAAAGGGCUGCUUUCACUAGCUAUAUUCAAUGUAGACAACUUAGUAAAAAAUAAUUGCACGUUAACAAUAAAUCGCGUCUAUUACAAAAUACGAACAUUCCUAAGUAAUACUAACAUAGUUCAAACACGAUUUAUGUAAAUAAGUAAAUAUUGAUAUAGCAUACUUUGUACUUAUGACAAAAAAUAUGACUUAUAAUAACUAUAGAAUCAAAAAUAUUCGAUUUAUAUACUACAUCAAGUGCACGAUAGCACCUAGAGCACAAUAAGUAGAAGUUAAAUACAAAAGUUCUAAACUUUAUUGAAAUUAUUAUUUUUGUUAAGCGGCAAAUUGACUGCCCUAGUCAGACUUUGUUGAGACGAUUUUUUGUUCACUAACAAACAAAUGCGUGAUUUUAUU